AUGAGUUUUUAAAAGUAUUAAUAGAUUGAUACAGAAUGCUCCAAUAAGUAAAAAAAAAAUAAUAAUUUAGACAUCUUACUUAAGGAGUUAAGUUCUAAAAAUCUUUUGUUGAACAAUCAGGAUUAGUAUUCAACAAUAAAUUCAGAGUUAUCAGAAACAAACUAAAUUAAAAAUUAAACAUUUAAUGCUGGUGGUUAUGGAAAGGGUCCUUUGGAUUAAUUUAUUUAUGAAAAAUAGAUUCAAGAAUCUACUGCAAAAAUAAAUAAUCUUCUGUUUUCAUUCGCAUUUUCAUAACUUAAAUAAUGUUAACCAAGUUAUCAAAAAUUAGACUAUUCAAUAGUUAGAAUUUAAUAAAAGCAGACUCUUAAUUGCUUUAAAACGCCUACUAAAGAAAAUAUUCAGGUAAGAACCUUUAAUACCUCUGAAAAAAGUUAUCAAAUAAGUACAGGCUAUACAGAUAAUUUAUUACAUGAUGAUAUCUUAAGAAAAGAUUAAAUGAGUUCUAAAAAUUUCAAAGAAAUUAAUUACAAUUAAAAAGAUUUAAUGAUAGAAGAAUAGAAACUUAGGCUUAAUUCUUAAGAAUCAAUUAUAUAAGAUUUAAAAUAUUAAAUAAAACUCUUAAAUGAUUAAUUCAAAUAAGAAAGCAUAAAUGCAAUUUCAAUAGAUGUUCAAAAAUCUGUAGUAUAAGAGGAAAUUAAAUAGCUUGAGGAAGAAUUAUUGCUACACUAAUAAGACAAUGAUAGACUUAAUAACCAAAUUUCAGAAUUAAGAUAUUAAAAUAUUAUUUUAUCAGAAAAAAUUAAAGAAUAUGAUAAGCUUAUUAAAAAUGAAAACUUGAAUUAAAGCGACCUUCUUAUAAGGAUAAAAGAAUAAUAAAGAAUGAUUGAUGAGAAAUCAAAUAAAAAUAUAGAAUUAUAAAAUUAACUAUUGGCUUUACUUCAAAGUAAGAAUAAAGAUGAAGAUGACACAUAAUUGAAAGACCUUUAAAGGUAAAAUGAAAGUCUUAAGCAAGAUAAUUCAGUGCUUUUUUAAGAAAAAGAAUUAAGUUUAUGUAUAAUUAAGUAACUAGAAAUAAAAUUUGAUGAAGAAAAUGCUAAAUAUUCCUAAAAUUUUUAGAAGCAGCAAAAUCAAUUUAUUGAAAAAGAAAAAUAAUUUUUAUUUAAAAUUUAAGAAUUAGAAAGUUAAUUAAAAUAAGUAUAAUAAUUGUAGUCAGAAAAAUCUUUAGUUUCAAAUAGCAAAAAUGACCAAAAUUAAAUAUUAAAAAUGUUAAAAUAAAAAAACAGUAGAUUAGCAUUUAAAUUAAUAAAUAAAUUUUAUACAAAGAAAUUAUUAGUUCCAUUUAUAAAAAUUAAGCAAAUAUCUUAGGAGCGAAUUAACCAUAGGAGUAUUAUCAAAAGAAGUCAAUCUAAAUCACCAGUUAAUAGGUCUGCUAAUAAGAGAGACCUGAGUCCUAUCAGAGAAAAAACAUAUAAUGAACGAAGAAGAUUGGUGAGCGUUGCAACUUAUUUGUUCAAAAAGUAUAAAAAAGUAAUGUUAAGAGCUUUCUUUCCAAGAUUAAAAUAAUUCAAUAAUUUGUAAAUAUCAAAAGAUCUCGAAUAAAAAAAAUAAAUAGGAUUUAAAUUUAUGAAGUAGCUGUAAAUAAAAAAUUGCAAAAAUAUGAUAUAAAAAUGGGUUUUUAAAACAAAAAUUUAUAAAUUUACAAGAAUCAUUUAAAAUUUUUAAACAAAAAAAUAUUUAACUUACUCAUUUAAUCAUAUUCUUUAAAGCUGCGAAUAAUAAAAAAACAACUAAAAAACUCUUUUAUUUUGUAAUAAGCUUGCAAACUUCAUAAUUAAAUUAUCAAAAUAAUAACUUCAUGUUGGAUUUAGUUCUUUAAAUGCAAAUAGAUUAUUAUAUAAUCUUAGAUUAAAUAAAUUACAAAUUGUUCUUGUAAAAAAUUUAAUCAAAUAGAAAAAGGAUGGUCUUAUUACUUAUUUUAGAAAAUGGAGAGCUUUCACUGAAAACUAAGGAGUUAAAGAACAGGCUUAUCAUGAAACUGAAAGCAUUUAAGAAAAAUAGAAAAUUUUUAAUCAAGAAAUAUAUAAUUUUUUGAGAAAUAGAAUUGAUCUAGAAAAGUUUGAAAACUAAAUCAAACAAAGACAAACCUAAAGAUCUCUUGAAAAAGUGUAUUCUAUUAAAAUGAACAAUACUAAUAAUUUUGAAAGUACUUAGAGCUUCGCUAUUCCUUAAAAAUCUUAAGAAGAAAAUAAUACUUAAGAAUGGUCAUUCAGAGAUAACAAGCAACUAUAUUAACUCAAUAGUAAUAAUUUUUCUCUCAAAAAUAUCAAAAAAGAUAGUUAUAACUAAAAGAAUUUGUACUUAAAUGAAUAUGACUUGAAUCAGGAAAAUAUGCUUUACUCUAAUGAUAUUUAUAAAAAAAAUCUUAGCAGCAGAAGCUGUAAGAGCCAUAUAUCUUCUUAAAAUUCUAAUAAAUCAUAAAAAUCAAAUAAAAGUUAAUAGAGGCAAUAAAAUGGUGGAGAAAAGUCACCAUGCAUAUCUUACUCUGAUUAGUUAUUAUAGAGUAAUAUAUAAAGUAAGUAUUUAUACACUGACAGUAAUAAAAAUUUAUCACUUCAUAAUGAAGGCUAUAUAAAUAGCAGUGACUAGAGCGUAUACAGCGAAACUGUUUAGGAAUAAAGAAAUUAUUACAAAUGA